CGGGGCGAAGCGCCGUGAGGGGCCGCGCGAUGUGGCUGAAGCCCGAGGAGGUGCUGCUGAAAAAUGCCCUCAAGCUGUGGGUGCAGGAGCGCUCCAACCAGUACUUCGUGCUGCAGAGGCGGCGGGGCUACGGCGAGGAGGGCGGAGGCGGGCUGGCAGGUCUCCUGGUGGGAACAUUAGAUGCAGUGUUGGACUCUACGUCGAAAGUCGCCCCGUUUCGCAUCCUGCACCAGACUCCAGACUCUCAGGUCUACUGGUCCAUCGCGUGCGGAUCCAGCAGAGAAGAAAUAACAGAACACUGGGAGUGGUUAGAACACAAUGUUAUGAAGACUUUAUCUGUAUUUGAUUCAAAUGAAGAUAUUACGAGCUUUGUCCAGGGAAAGAUAAGAGGUUUGAUUGCUGAAGAGGGAAAAAGUUCUUUUGUAAAAGAAGAUGAUCCUGAGAAGUUUCGUGAAGGUCUCAUGAAGUUUGAGAAGUGUUUUGGAUUACCAGAGCAGGAGAAGUUGAUUACCUAUUACUCAUGCAGUUACUGGAAGGGCAGAGUGCCCUGUCAAGGAUGGCUUUAUCUCAGUACCAACUUCCUUAGCUUUUACUCAUUUUUGCUUGGAGCAGAAGUAAAACUUAUUAUCUCCUGGGAUGAGAUAUCAAGACUUGAGAAGACUUCCAAUGUGAUUCUGACAGAGAGCAUUCAUGUAUGCUCCCGUGGGGAAGAUCAUUAUUUUUCCAUGUUUUUGCACAUUAGUGAAACAUUCCUUCUCAUGGAACAGCUGGCAAACUACGCUGUUAGGAGACUUUUUGACAAGGAAACAUUUGAGAAUGAUCCUGUCCUUCAUGACCCUCUGCAAAUCACCAAGAGAGGCCUAGAGAGCCGUGCCCACAGUGAGCAGUUUAGUGCAUUCUUCAGGCUACCUAAAGAAGAGACCUUGAAGGAAGUUCAUGAGUGCUUCUUAUGGGUUCCUUUCAUUCAUUACAACACCCAUGGAAAAAUGUGCAUUUCAGAAAACUACAUCUGCUUUGCUAGCCAGGAUGGCAGCAUGUGCAGUGUAAUCAUUCCACUAAGAGAGGUCACAGGGGUGGACAGGGCAGAUCCAGCCAACAGAGGAGUCAGCAUCAGCACCAAAGGAAAAACAGCUUUUCGUUUCACGGAGGUCAGAGAUUUCGAACAGCUGGUGGCAAAGCUCAGAAUGAAAUGCAAUGCAACUUCGAGUCCGCAACACGCCAUAACUACAGAGGUUGCAGCUGGUUCUGCCUCUGAUCAUCCAAAGGAUUCUGAGGUGGGACCGUCAAAGAUGGGUCAGAGAGAUAACAGCAAAACUGUGGGUACAGAAGCCCUAAUGACUGUCUACCACCCUCAGGAUUCUGAGAAUCUUGACUCUAAAAUGUUGAAAGAAAAAAUGAAGGAACAGUCAUGGAACAUCCUCUUUGCCGAGCGGGGACAUGGUGUCAGUAUGUUUCGAACAAAGAAGACUCGAGAUCUGGUUGUACGAGGGAUCCCAGAGGCCUUAAGAGGAGAGCUCUGGCUGCUCUUCUCAGGUGCUGUAAAUGAUAUGGCAUCCAACCCUGGUUAUUACACUGAGCUGGUGGAAAAGUCCUUAGGAACGUGCACCUUGGCUACUGAUGAAAUUGAACGGGAUUUGCGUCGCUCCUUACCCGAGCAUCCUGCUUUUCAAAGUGACACAGGAAUUUCUGCACUCAGGAGAGUUCUCACAGCUUAUGCAUACAGGAAUCCUCAAAUUGGAUAUUGUCAGGCAAUGAAUAUUCUGACAUCAGUGCUUCUGCUGUAUGCUAAAGAGGAGGAAGCCUUCUGGCUUUUGGUUGCUGUGUGUGAAAGGAUGCUCCCCGAUUACUUCAAUCGUCGAAUCAUUGGUGCCUUGGUAGAUCAGGCAGUGUUUGAGGAGCUCAUCAGGGUUCACCUGCCUCAGUUGACAGACCACAUGACGGACAUGACUUUUUUCUCCUCGGUCUCUCUCUCCUGGUUCCUUACCCUUUUUAUCAGUGUGCUGCCUAUUGAAAGUGCAGUCAAUGUGGUGGACUGUUUCUUCUAUGAUGGAAUAAAGGCAAUCUUGCAGCUGGGCCUUGCUGUGCUGGAAUACAACAUGGAGAAGUUGCUCACUUGUAAGGAUGAUGCAGAAGCAGUCACUGUUCUCAACAGAUUUUUUGACAGUGUCACUAACAAAGACAGUCCUUUGCCUCCAGCUGUGCAGCAAGGCUCCAACCUCAGUGACACAAAGAGUGACCACCCAAAAGUGGACAUCACAGAUUUGAUCCGAGAGUCAAAUGAAAGGUACGGUGAUAUUCGCUACGAGGAUGUUGAGAGCAUGCGCUGCAGGAACAGGCUUUAUGUGAUCCAGACCUUGGAAGCUACAACCAAGCAGAAUGUGCUACGCGUUGUGUCUCAAGAAGUAAGAUUCAGUCCUAGUGAUCUUGAAGAGCUUUAUGAAUUAUUCAAGAAGGAGCACUUUCUUUCCUGUUACUGGAGCGUAAACAGUCCUGUCUUGCAACAUCACGAUGCCAGUCUGCCGUAUCUGGAGCAGUAUCGGAUCGAUUGCCAGCAGUUCAGGGUUCUCUUCCAUCUCCUGAGCCCCUGGUCACACUGUGCAAACAGAGACUCACUUGCUCUGUGGACAUUCAGACUGAUGGAUGAGAGUUCCGAUUGCCUUAUAAACUUCAAGCAGUUUGCCUGUGUCCUUGACACCAUGUAUAAUGGAAGCUUCACUGACAAACUCAAGCUUCUUUUUAAGUUGCACAUCCCUCCAGCUUUUACUGAAGUAGCAUCUCUAAGCCCUUCCAAAGGGGAUGAUCUUUCAAAAGAAGAACUGAUCCACUUCAGCCAACUCAAUGUUUCAUCUGUUGGGGAUAGUCUUGGAAGUGAUUCUUCGAAGGGCAGCCCAGAAAAAGGAAAAGGGAAGGUUGAUAUUCAGGCAUAUCUGAAGCAAUGGCAAGAUGAACUUCUUAAAAAAGAAGAAAACAUUAAGGAUUUGCCAAGAAUGAAUCAGUCCCAGUUCAUCCAGUUCUCAAAAACUCUGUACAAUCUGUUCCACGGGGAUCCUGAGGAGGAGCUGUUGUAUCGGGCUAUCGCCGUGGUUACCAGCCUCCUGCUGAAAAUGGAAGAAGUUGGGAGAAGGCUGCAGAGUCCCACAUCACCAGUCCAAAGUCCAGUUCCCAUUACCGAGGUGCCUGCUGAAAUCCCCAGGGAAGGGCAGGAGGAAAGCAGCUCUGAGCAGACUGAAGGCAGUAGAGCACAGAGUUUGAGAGGGAACCAUGAGUGGUCUUUUGCCUUUGAACAGGUUCUGGCGUCCUUAUUAAAUGAGCCGGCCUUUGUGAGAUUUUUUGAAAAACCUCAUGACAUAAAAGUUAAAAUAGAGAGUGCUAAAAAUUUACAACUUAAAGCAAGAACCAGAGUGUAAUUUUCUUUACCUUUGACUCUGAAUUAACCACAAAGCGCUUAAAAAUGAAGGUUGCAACUAAGGAAACCAAGUCUGGUGUUUACAUAGAGAAAGAAGUUUGCAGAGGUAGCUUUAAAUAUCAGAUUACUGGUAUGUAAUGUAAAUACAAAUAGUUUGAAGCACAAUCACUUUCUUGCAUUGUUCAUAAGUUUCACUCCAAAAAAAAAAAACAGGACUGAAUAAUAAACUGUCUUUACCAUGUUAGUAAAAUAUGCAAUGUUGCUUGGAAGUACUGGGUGUGACCUGUUGCAAACCCAUCUGAAUGGCUGUUGUUACAGUGUGUCUCUCCAGGUUCAUUUCUAUUACUGUGAUAAGGGGAAUGACUUCCUGCCAUUUUCACUUAAAGGGAGUAUCAACAGCUUAGAGGUGGUCAUCCACAUUGGUUUAAUUAGUUAUUUCCAAACUUGCAUGUGGACUGAGGUCAAAGCAGCGUGAAGGCUAAAGGUAGAGGGUGUGGUAGGCACAAAAGCCUAAGAUUAGAGAAGGAAGUGCCCUGCUCUCAAUUCCUCUGCUUUGAUGUUCCCAAUGGGCCUGGACUCUUGCAGAUUCCAGCCUCUUGUCAGCAGUUUUCAGACUGCAUCCUCCCAGCCCACAUCUGUUUUUGCAACAAACAGCUGGUUUCCUGCCUUUCUAGCUCAGCCUCGAGUUCUCUUUCCCGUUUUCAUGCCAAUCCUCUUACAAUGCAGGUAAAAAGGAUGGAAGCUUGUUUGGUCAUCCAGGCUGCACAUGGAUUUAAAAGCUAAUACUGGUUGUUGAAAUCAAAGGAAAGCAGUGGCUAAAUCUGUCUGGCCACAUGGUGGUUGUCCUUUGUCUGGCAAGAGGAGCUUCUUAGGAGCAUAUUGAUGAAAUACAGAGUUUUGCUGGUGUCUGCAAAGACCAAGCCCAGACCAUCUUUAUCUGAAUGCUGAAGGGACAGAUUGCAGUUGCUCCUUUGCCUACCCUGAAUCCGUACCUCAACCUAGUAAUUGCUACUUCUUUUCUAUAGCCCUCUGGAUUAUUGCUGCUGUAAUAUUUUCCAUCAGCCAGGAUUCAAGGCAGCAAGAAAAUCCCCUUGAAUCUGACUUGAAAUUUUAACACAUAAAAAAUGAUAUAGCAGAGAUCCUGUGGAGGCAAAUUCUGCCAGCGUUAAUGCUGAGAAAUGUUGACCUUGAGUCUUUGGUAGCUGGUGCUAGAAGGGGUUUAGAGAAAGAGGGAAAGAGCUUGUCUUUUAAAAACAACAGAAAAGUAAACUGGGACUCUGUGCUAAACUAGUUUAAAAUGUCUGUUUCUAAAGCCUGUAUGACAAUCUUUCUCUGCAGAGCAGCAUUAUUUUUAUACUGUGCAUGUUUUUUUGUAAAGAAGCAGAACAGGGAUGGUAUGAUUCACUGAGGCUUUUCUUGCAAUACUAAUAUGAAUGAAGAAUAAAAUGAAAUUCUGGCUUGUAUUACAGGCACUUUGUGAAAUGCCAUCAUUACAAUUGAUGUUAAAUACAGUUUUCAGCAGGACAAAUAAAUUUAUGAAUUGUCUUAUACUCUCCCCCAUGCUCUCAGGUAUUAAUGUAAAAUAAAGUUUUAUUGAAUGAACAGUCAGUUCAAAAGUUAUAUAUGUGAGGAAUGAGGAAGCAUUUUUCAAAAGCCUUUACAAAGUAAUUACACUUGAUACAAUAUAGUGCUGAUUUGUAUUUUUAUGCAUAAAAUGUAAGAAUUAAUUUAUCCAUUUAUGUGGAUAUGGAUUAGUAGGGCCACACUGUGUUACUAACUUUAAAAUGUAUUUACUCACUGUUUUCCCAAAGUUGUUUAGAAAUGCAAAGCAGAUGAUUUUGUAGUUCUGGGCCAGGAUGUACUCAGAUAAGGAUUGAUCAGUGAGUAAUUCUUCUGAAAAUAGCUGUGACGAAAUUAAUGGAUCCCCAUGAAAACAGAUGCAGCUGCCCAUCCCAGAAGCUUUUGUAGGUUUAUGACGGAUAUUGUUUAUGCCAAGAAGUAGUCAAAGCUGUGAACUAUUUGCUAAACAAAGUAACAGAGAUAUGGAAGUCUUAAAACUCAAGGACAUUUUUUUGUUUGAGAACCAAGAUACUUCCAAGUACAGAAGAAUGUGGUGAAGGAACUUGCAAAGUACAGUACCUGUUUAUGCAAACUGAGCACCUUUUUUACAAUUCCCUUUUCUAUUAGUGCCAAUCCAAGAGACUGUGGAGCCAUUGCCAGUUAGGCAGUAGCUCGUCAGCUAUCAUAUCUACAUAUAAAGAGAGAUUAUUACCAGCAUAUAUAUAUAUAUAUAUAUAUACACACAUAGAUUUAAGGUGAGAAGCUCUGCUUGUGACAUUAAUUCUGGAGUUAGUGUCUAGCUUAUUUCCUUCCCUUUCUUAUUCUAGCUCCUUCCAUCCCUAUUCCAGAUGGGAUGGCUAACAAAUAAAUGCAGGUUUAGUUGGGUUUAGUGGAGCUAGAGCAAUAGCAACUCUUUCCCUCUCCACUCCCAAAAGGUGAUGCCUUGACUUCAGAGCACUGUGCCAUACAGCUUUUUGGUCAGAUGAAGCUGGUGAUGCAAAGAUGAACCCAGACUCACAUUCCAUCUCAUGAGGACGCUGGGGUGUCACACUGGUGUUGCAGGGGGGCAGCUGGCACGGGUAGUUGGGAAUUAGGCAGAAGGAGUCUGGUGGUUGCAGAUCAUCUGACAGGAUUACUGAGCUAAUUCCUGAGGGGGGACUUUCCAUUCAAAUUGUAACUUGGAAAUUUUUAUAAGUGUGUUUGAACUUUGAACAGCAGCGUGGUUAAGUGAGUUCUGAUGUGUCACUUCACUCAUCUCUGUUCCUUUUUUUCCUGUAAGUUUCUGUGAAGUUUUAUUUUUCUGGUUCAGUCAUAGGAAAUAAAUGAAGGUGCGUCAUUCAGUACAAAAUAGACAGUUGUAGGUAGGGUAUAGAUUGCUAAAAUUAGUGGUGCUGUUUGUUUGUACAGUUUGAGAAUUGCACUACCUGCUGCAGCAUCACAGGUGGGUGAUUUGGCAGCUGUGUCAUGGUUACCCCAAAACACUGGCAGUGGCUUUCUGGCUGCUGAGCUGUUACUGUUGCUGCUGUGCACAUAAAAUGCCUUCUGUCAGAUGAAGUUGUCAGCCCAGGGGGAUGGCCAGCAGGCUGUGAUGAUCCCUCGGUCUUGCAAUACGGAAUGUGCCGCUCCGGAGCCUGGUGCUGUUCCCUGUGCUCCGGGUGAGCAGUGGCAGCCCUGACCCCUGAGCUGCUGACCCCGGGGCUUGGGGUCACGCCAACCACACGAGGGGAGGGAACAGUUCAAAUAAUAAAAACACCAGCUCUUUCCACCUUGGGGGACAACUGAUGGUAAUUCAACUGGUAGCAUUUUGCAGGACAUGGAAAUGGCCACUGCCGUGUAAUACAAAAAAACCACUCUCAGUUUCCAUCCAUUCCUUAAACGAAGCCACUUGUUCAUCGCUCUAAUGGCUGGAUAAUAAUGUAAUUUUAGAAGAGUUUACUACCAUAGUGACUAAGAAAUAGCUGUGUGUUGAUUUUACCAGAAGUUUCUCAUCCAGUUGUACCAUACAAGUUUCUUGAUUGAGAUUUCAGUUGUUAUCUGGACUAAAACAGAAGGAAAUAAUCCAAUUUGUUUCCAGAAAAAUAGGCUAUUUCGUCUUUUUUUGCUCUAGCUUUGUCACUUUACCAAGAAGGCAACACGUUUGUGUUGACAGAUUGGCUUUUAUACAGUGUAUUGUAUGAAGAAGUACUGUAAGACAAAUGAGGUGUUAAAUAAAGUAUUGUUUCACUUAAAAAA